AUGGAGCGUCUUCACAGAGGACACAAGCGGGGUUGCGUAAGCCCUUGCUUGGGUCCUUUCUUGCUCUUCCUGGUCGUCUUCCUUGAGACAUGUAGCAGCCCUGUGGUGGCGCUGAGUUCCGAACCGAGUGGAAAUGAAGGGAACGGUACUGUGGUGGGUAAUGCUGUAACCUGUACAUUGGCUGGCGAUGGUCCAUUCCAUGUCGUGCUCGAGCCCGUUCAGGGACGCAAUUCCUUUUCAAUAACCUGUACCGAUGGAGGUGUCCUUGUCCCCGCUGCCCAACUGUUCACGAACAGCUUUUGUUCGGUUCUUUCGUCCCUACAAGUUUGUUUUAACGAGGGUCCGGAUUACCGUGGUACCGAGUUCUUCGACGGUUUCUCCAGCACUUGGUGGGAAGGAGAUCCCAGGAAACCCCAAGAAGGGAUGACCUUCACCAUUCCUCUAACUGUUUUUCCAGAAGAAACGAAAACUUUCGAACUGGGGUGUUUGGACAUUGCUAAACAUCAUAUUUGUCGGGUUGUUGUGUCAGCUAGAAGCAAGGCCAGGUCCAUGACCAGUGUCGGACAGGCAAAGACUAGCGCCACUGUGGCUGUUACGGGGUCCUCGCCAACAGUCCUAACGAGCUUGGUACUGGCGAUGGUGGGUGCUGUUAAUAAAUGA